AUGUACGGCACUUUGCUGGAUCAGCGUGUCUUCGAAUCCCUUGUCGAAAGGACCAUGCCUAUUCUGUGGGACCAUUUAGUAAAAUCCGAUGUUCAACUCUCUGUCGUGUCGCUGCCUUGGUUUCUGUCACUGUACAUCAAUUCCAUGCCUCUCGUGUUCGCUUUUCGAGUCUUAGAUGUUUUCUUUCUGGAAGGUCCCAAGGUCCUGUUCCAGGUAGGACUUGCAAUACUGCGAAUUAACGGGGAAGAAUUGCUGGACAUCAUCGACGACGGUAGCUUCAUAUCGAUUCUCAAAACUUACUUCUCGCGCCUUGACGAAUCGGCCCACCCCAAAUCGGAGAACGAAAAGGUACGAAAUAUCACAAAAUUCCAGGAAUUGAUGGUAGUGGCUUUCAAGGAAUUUGCCGGCAUCACUCAAAGCACGAUCUCGGAACAGCGGAUGAAGUACAGAGACUCCGUAUUAGACAAUAUAGAAAGCUUUGCCAAGAGGACUUCAAUCCGUAACCUUGGGCCAGAGAGCAAGAAGUUGAGUCUUGGUGAUCUUGGCUUCUUAUAUGACCGCUUCUACAGCAUCCUAUACGAACGAGAACAGCGAAUGCAACAAAUGCGAGAUGAAUCCGAGAGGAAAGCCAAAGCUGGUAGUGUCAAGGCUACUGAACUUGUCACGGGAUUGCCUGGUAACAAAAGCUUCGAAAUUGGUCGCGUAGGUCUCGGACCUAGUCCUACCUUGAUGAACUAUGAUGGCUUCCGAGAGUUCUUGGCUGGCAUAACCAAAUGGGCCAUCACCGACUCUCCUUCCACUACCAUCAAAGAGUUAGAAAGGGAAGGAAGUAUCUACUCUAACUACAGUGGACGGAGCCGCAGUAUAUCUGUUUCUCCGUGGGGCAAUGGGCCUGAGCCAGCGGAUCACGAUUUCAUGCAAAGGCUGUAUGGCAGGUGGAACAGAGAUGACAACGACGGGCUUAGCCUGCAAGAUGUUGUCACUGGUAUUGCCCAUGUCAAGGGUACGAGGGACAUCAUGACAAGUAUCAGCUAUUUCUUCGACUUAUACGACGACGACAAAGACGGCAAGGUUGAUCGCGAGGGCAUCCUUCGAAUAUCUGAAGCUCUACUUUUCUUGUCACGAAGGGGCUUGGGAGGCUCUCCCACUCCGUCUACACCGUCUCAGGGAUAUGGAUUUGAUGAAGAUCUUGACCCCAAAUCAGCCAGCACUAACGAACGUUUCCUUGGAAGCGUCUCAGCAUUCAUCCGACGUUGCUUUGAAUAUGCCGACCCUGAUCAUCCAAACAAUCAGGAGGGCUCAGCAGCAUCUGAACCAAACAUGGAGAGUUUCAGCAUAGGAGAUUCAGAAUCCGAUGACGAAGAAGACCUCCUAGACCUGGGAAACGAGCAGGCUAAAUCUACACCACCAAAAGCCUCCCCUACUAUUCCCACCAACCCUCCAAACCACCCUACCCGCACAGCUUCCAUUCACUGUCCCACCCACGCCGCAAACGUCGCUCUGGAUCCUACACGUCCCUUGCAUAUCACCCUCCCUACCUUCCGGAUGGUAAUCCUUGCCGACGAGCUCCUCCAACAAUUCUUCGAAUCCUCCUUUCCCGCGUCUUUCUAUCUGACCAAUGCGCCAACACCUUCCUCUCCCUCUAUAACUCAGCUUACCACAUUUGCCUCUUCGACCUCCUCUAGUGUUGUCUCCAACGUAGUCGGUCCGCGAGCUGGCGGCGUCGUGCCACCGUCUAAAGGCCUCCGGGGCGUUCUCGACAACAUAGUACAAGACGGUAUGCGUGUAGCCACCGAAGUCCGGCGACGCGUUGACGAUGUGGGGCGGGAGAUCGAGAGGAGCGCCUUGCAGCGGGAGAAUGAGAUGGAUGAGGAGGAGCAUGAGCAGGAACAAGGCGGGCUCGCUGGGGCCGAUAGUGAUCGUAAGAGUAUUAGAGAAGGGGAUCGGGAUUUGCUCGAGGGGGCGGAGGCGAUAGCUGGUAGUGUAGGCGGGGCUGGUAGUGGGCACGGGCCUGGUGGAAAAAGGGAGCAGGAUUUACUGGGAGAUUUGGAGGGGAAGGAGGGAGAAGGGAAGGAGAUGCCAGGACUGGUGGAAUUUGAACGGUGA